UCAGCCCAGAUUGAAGUUAUCCCUUGCAAGAUUUGCGGUGAUAAAUCGUCCGGAGUACAUUAUGGAGUCAUCACAUGUGAAGGCUGCAAGGGAUUUUUCCGACGUAGCCAGCUGCCCGCAGUAUCCUAUUCGUGUUCCCGGCAAAGUAACUGUACCAUCGACCGGUCCAGUCGUAACCGCUGCCAACACUGCCGCCUACAGAAGUGCUUGGCCCAAGGCAUGAGCAGAGAUGCUGUGAAGUUUGGUCGGAUGUCCAAGCGCCAGCGGGACGCUCUCAUUGCUGAAGUGGAGCGGCUCCGAUUGCAGCAGCAACAGCAGCUUCAAGUGGACCCCCAGUCAGGCUUGUCUUACCACCGCAAAGAGCACCAAGACUGCUCCCCACCGCGACUUCAGCCCAUGACGUCAACCUACUCUUAUAAUGAAGAGUCAGAGCUGUUGUCUUUCACAUCGCCUGAUGUUCACACCUACCUGCUGUGCUCCCCCAACCAGCCACAGGUGUCUGAUUUGAUCUACAGAAGCUCUGGAGUAUCACCCUCGUCCAGAGCUCACAUAAGGGGGGAUGCCAGUGGACACUCUGACAUUAGAGGAUUGGAUUCAAGACAGUCCUCUCUUGCUCCGAUGGCAAUUAAUUCCUACAAUCCAACAGAGGAUCCUCGUGGCCCCUACCCUUCAUCUCUGCGCAAUAUAGAUGAGUUGUGUGACUGCAUUGUGCGCGCCAACAAAGAUACCUGUCAGUACCGAGCAGAAGAGCUCCAGGCGCUCAAGUGGAAGGUGUUCAGCAGGGAUGAGAUCCAAGCCUACCAGAGCAAAUCAGCAGAUGAGAUGUGGCAGCACUGUGCAGUCCGGCUGACCGAUGCCGUGCAGUACGUGGUGGAGUUUGCAAAACACAUCCCUGGAUUCCGUCUGCUCAGUCAGAAUGACCAAAUCGCCCUUCUCAAAACAGGUUCCAUGGAGGUCGUUCUGGUGAGGAUGAGUCGCUUCUUUAACACAGAGAACGACACUGUCUUCUUUGACGGAAAAUUUGCUGGAACUGAAGUCUUCAAAUCUUUGGCGUGCGGUGACUUCAUAGCUGCAGUGUUUGACUUUGCUCACAGUUUGUGUACUUUGAAGCUUACCGAUCAGCAGGUGGCUCUCUUCAGUGCUCUCGUCUUGAUCAAUGCAGAUCGUCCAUGUCUGGAAGAUAGAGGCAGAGUGCAGCGUGUGCAAAGAAGUGUGGAGUUAGGUCUCACGCACAUUCUACACAGAGACAACCGGAACGGUCUAAUGCAUAAGCUUUACCAAAGGAUGUCCAUGUUGCAUUCGCUGUGCAGUCUGCACACAGAGAAACUGCGCUGGUUCAGUCAGCGUUACCCGCUUACUGCACACUCCCUUUUCCCUCCACUCUACAAGGAGCUUUUUGCUUCCGAGGCAGAGUUGAUGGUGCUGCCGGGAGCAACUCACUGA